AUGAUCUUGGACCCAUUUAGUCGACGCCCCACCGGCCCCGACCCAUUUAGUCGACGCCCCACCGGCCCCGACCCAUUUAGCCGACGCCCCACCGGCCCCGAUCCAUUUAGUCGACGCCCCACCGGCCCCGACCCAUUUAGUCGACGCCCCACCGGCCCCGACCCAUUUAGCCGACGCCCCACCGGCCUCGAUCCAUUUAGUCGACGCCCCACCGGCCCCGACCCAUUUAGCCGACGCCCCACCGGCCCCGACCCAUUUAGCCGACGCCCCACCGGCCCCGACCCAUUUAGCCGACGCCCCACCGGCCCCGACCCAUUUAGCCGACGCCCCACCGGCCCCGACCCAUUUAGCCGACGCCCCACCGGCCCCGACCCAUUUAGUCGACGCCCCACCGGCCCCGACCCAUUUAGUCGACGCCCCACCGGCCCCGACCCAUUUAGUCGACGCCCCACCGGCCCCGACCCAUUUAGUCGACGCCCCACCGGCCCCGACCCAUUUAGUCGACGCCCCACCGGCCCCGACCCAUUUAGUCGACGCCCCACCGGCCCCGACCCAUUUAGUCGACGCCCCACCGGCCCCGACCCAUUUAGUCGACGCCCCACCGGCCCCGACCCAUUUAGUCGACGCCCCACCGGCCCCGACCCAUUUAGUCGACGCCCCACCGGCCCCGACCCAUUUAGUCGACGCCCCACCGGCCCCGACCCAUUUAGUCGACGCCCCACCGGCCCCGACCCAUUUAGUCGACGCCCCACCGGCCCCGACCCAUUUAGUCGACGCCCCACCGGCCCCGACCCAUUUAGUCGACGCCCCACCGGCCCCGACCCAUUUAGUCGACGCCCCACCGGCCCCGACCCAUUUAGUCGACGCCCCACCGGCCCCGACCCAUUUAGUCGACGCCCCACCGGCCCCGACCCAUUUAGUCGACGCCCCACCGGCCCCGACCCAUUUAGUCGACGCCCCACCGGCCCCGACCCAUUUAGUCGACGCCCCACCGGCCCCGACCCAUUUAGUCGACGCCCCACCGGCCCCGACCCAUUUAGUCGACGCCCCACCGGCCCCGACCCAUUUAGUCGACGCCCCACCGGCCCCGACCCAUUUAGUCGACGCCCCACCGGCCCCGACCCAUUUAGUCGACGCCCCACCGGCCCCGACCCAUUUAGUCGACGCCCCACCGGCCCCGACCCAUUUAGUCGACGCCCCACCGGCCCCGACCCAUUUAGUCGACGCCCCACCGGCCCCGACCCAUUUAGUCGACGCCCCACCGGCCCCGACCCAUUUAGUCGACGCCCCACCAGCCCCGACCCAUUUAGUCGACGACCCCGACCCAUUUAG